CGGCGAGGGCGGGAGGGGGAUGUGGGUCGGGAAGUAGUUCCGGGUGCGCGGCCCCGGAUGUUGGCUGCUCCUGCUGCCGCCGCCGCUCUCGGCGCUGCUCGGGGCCUCGGCCGCUCGCACUAGGCACCGUUGGGACCUUUCCCGGGGGGCGGAGACGCACGCAGCGGCCGGGGGCUCGGCCGGGCCGUCCCGGCCUGCGCAGCCUGAGAUUCUCUUUGUGGCCAGAUGGGUUUGUAUGGACAGGCUUGUCCAUCUGUAACUUCAUUAAGGAUGACAUCUGAACUGGAGAGCAGCCUAACAUCUAUGGACUGGUUACCACAGCUCACCAUGAGAGCAGCCAUCCAAAAAUCUGAUGCUACACAAAACGCGCAUGGAACAGGAAUUUCUAAGAAGAAUGCACUCCUUGACCCAAAUACAACUCUGGACCAGGAAGAAGUCCAACAGCACAAAGAUGGGAAACCUCCAUACAGUUAUGCCAGCCUCAUUACAUUUGCAAUUAAUAGCUCACCCAAAAAGAAAAUGACUUUAAGUGAAAUUUAUCAGUGGAUUUGUGAUAACUUCCCAUAUUAUAGAGAGGCUGGCAGUGGUUGGAAGAAUUCCAUACGACAUAAUCUGUCAUUGAACAAAUGUUUCCUUAAAGUGCCUCGAUCCAAGGAUGACCCUGGAAAGGGGUCCUAUUGGGCAAUAGACACCAAUCCGAAGGAAGAUGCGCUGCCUACUCGGCCAAAGAAGAGGGCACGAUCUGUAGAACGGGCCUCAACUCCAUAUAGCAUAGAUUCAGAUUCUUUGGGAAUGGAGUGUAUUAUUUCGGGAAGUGCCUCUCCAACUCUGGCAAUCAACACUGUGACUAACAAAGUAACAUUGUAUAACACUGAUCAAGAUGGUAGUGAUAGCCCACGCAGUAGCCUUAACAACAGUCUCUCAGACCAGAGUUUGGCAUCUGUUAAUUUGAACAGUGUUGGAAGUGUGCAUAGUUAUACACCGGUGACAAGCCAUCCAGAAUCAGUCUCUCAAUCAUUAACUCCUCAGCAGCAACCACAGUACAACCUUCCAGAAAGAGACAAGCAACUACUUUUCUCAGAAUAUAAUUUUGAAGAUCUUAGUGCCUCAUUUCGAAGCCUUUAUAAGUCAGUUUUUGAGCAGUCACUUAGUCAACAAGGUUUGAUGAACAUCCCUUCUGAAUCUUCCCAGCAGUCCCACACUUCAUGUUCCUAUCAGCACUCUCCCAGCAGUACAGUGAGCACUCACCCACACAGCAACCAAAGCAGCCUGUCCAACAGUCAUGGCAGUGGCCUCAACACCACGGGCAGUAAUUCGGUUGCACAGGUCUCACUAUCUCACCCCCAGAUGCACACACAGCCAUCUCCACAUCCUCCCCAUCGACCUCAUGGUUUACCACAGCAUUCACAGCGUUCCCCGCACCCAGCACCACACCCACAGCAACACAGCCAGCUCCAGUCUCCUCACCCCCAGCAUCCCUCUCCACAUCAACACAUACAGCACCAUCCGAACCAUCAGCAUCAGACGUUAACACAUCAGGCACCCCCACCCCCACAACAGGUAUCCUGUAAUUCUGGUGUUUCAAAUGAUUGGUAUGCGACACUUGAUAUGCUAAAAGAAAGCUGUCGAAUUGCCAGCAGUGUUAAUUGGUCAGAUGUAGACCUUUCACAGUUUCAAGGUCUGAUGGAGAGUAUGAGACAGGCAGAUCUCAAGAAUUGGUCUUUAGAUCAAGUUCAGUUUGCCGAUCUCUGUUCUUUCUUUAAUCAGUUCUUUACACAAACUGGCCUUAUUCAUUCACAGAGUAAUGUUCAGCAAAAUGUUUGUCAUGGUGCCAUGCAUCCAACAAAACCUUCCCAACACAUUGGAACAGGUAUGGGAUUAGUUAUCUUCUUGAUUUUUCUCAUUUUCUCAUUCAUACGAAAUGUAGUAACUGUCUUAACCACUUGGUUUGCUGCUAAUGGUGACAGUGGAUCUGUUACAAAUUUUUAUUUAUAA